UUCAGAAUUAGCGAGUAAAGGCUGCUUUUCUAUUUUGCUGUUGUUAGUUACAGUGUUAGCUCCAGCUAGGGUUCCUAGUUCCGACUUGGAGAAAAUGGCAAACUAUGCGGACCAUGGAGAACCAGCUCGCCACACCGACGAGAAUGGCAACCCACUUCGCCCUCCGGGCGAAUACGGCAACCCAAUUCGCCAGACGGACGAGUAUGGCAACCCCGCUCACCACACUGGUACCAUGGGAGACUACGGAGCCACUGCCAGCGACGCCGGGUACGGCGUCGAUACUGGCGUUGGACACCAGCAGCACCAGACCCUUUCCGACAUGCUUCACCGCGCCGGCAGCUCUAGCUCGUCGGAGGAUGACGGACAUAUAAAGGAGAAGAAAGGGCUGAAGGAGAAGAUAAAGGAGAAGCUAGCAGGCGGGCACAAAGAACAGUCGCAUGGCACCGCCGCCGCGAGGCCAGGAGGCGGCGGCGGCGGAGAGCACCACGAGAAGAAAGGAAUUAUAGACAAGAUUAAGGAGAAGCUGCCUGGAGGCCACCGCCACUGAAACCCCAUAUAGGUCAUAUAUAUUAUGCGUUCAUGCAAUCUCGAUCGUCUUCGCCGGAGCCGUCAUAAUCGUUCUCGUCGUUUUGUGUGACCGCAAGGAUGUAUCGCCGGCGGGACAGGCGGAAGUUAUCUAACUCGUCCCGGACGCUUCUCGUCGCGUCCAGCUUUAAUUCUGUACUGCGUGGCUGCUCUGCUUUCUUUUCUUUUUUUUCUUGAGAAGUCUUACUUUUGUUUCUAAUUUUUAGAAUCUAUUGCAACUUCUGUUUAUUAGUAAA